AUGGCGACCUCGAAGCCUGCAUUCGACGCCCUCCCGCUCCGCAAGGAUGGACCUCCCGGGAACGCCUGGGGUUUGUUCGGCGAUCAGGACCAGCGUGGGAUGCUGAACCUCUUGACUCCGGAGAAUACUGCGGCGGCGGCGAAAGAGAUCGUCGAGGGAGUGCGCGUGUCGACCGACUGGCCACUGGACAGCAUGAAAACGCCCUGCUUCGGACGAGCAGCCCUGGAGCACACCGUCAAGAAUAAGGCGCCCCGGCACGUCAAUGACGAUGUCCUGCUUUUCAAUACCCAGAGCAGCUCCCAGUGGGAUGGAUUUCGGCACUUUGGUUCCCGGGAAGGCUUCUACUUCAACGGCUGCACCCUGCAAGACAUCCAAACCUCCACACGGAAUGGCAUUCACGUGUGGGCGGCGAAUGGCGGCAUCGUUGGUCGCGGCGUGCUGCUGGACUACGCGGGGUGGGCUGAGGCGAAUGGGACAGAAGUGAACUGCUUCCAAAGCCAGUCCAUCCCCGUAUCGGUGCUGCAAGAGGUAGCCGCCAGCCAGAACACCACCUUCCGGCCCGGGGAUAUCCUGUUUGUCCGCACCGGCUGGACACGAGCGUAUGAACGACUGUCCCCGGCCGAAUGCCAGGAGUUAGCGAGCCACGCCGCGCCACCCAUCAUCGGCGUCGAAUCAUCCGAAGCCACCCUGCGCUGGAUCUGGGAGAACAGCUUCGCUGCCGUCGCGGGAGACCACCCUAGCUUUGAGGCCUAUCCGUGCCACAACCGAGAUUUCUUCCUGCACGAGUGGUUGCUCGCGGGCUGGGGCAUUCCGAUCGGGGAAUUGUUUGAUCUGGAGCGCCUCAGCCAGGAGUGUCGCAAGAGACGCCGAUGGAGCUUCUUUUUCAGUAGCGUGCCCUUGAACGUACCCGGCGGCGUGGCCAGCCCACCGAAUGGGAUGCAACCGCUGCCGCAGCCGCAAGACUCGCUGCGCCGGAAAACCCCCACUGCCCUGCGCGGCAUGCGUCGAUGUGGGCAGGUCCAACCUGGUCGCAUCAGUUCUGACGCGGCAGAAAUAGACCGACCGUCGAACGUGCCCUCCAGUGUGCCCUCCAACCCGUCCACCCGCUACUCCGAUGGCGAGGGAUCAUCCGAACGGGACGACUGGUGGUACAAAGGCACCGACAAUUUGUUCUUGAAUCGCUCCGGCGAACAUCACUCUGUGGGCGCCUCAUCCGCCACCCAUCUGGCCAAGCGCUUAAACCCCAGCUCCUCCAAUCUGGCGUGGGAUGUGCGGCCGCUUUACGAUGACCCUUCGUCCCUGCGACGGCCGGUGAUGGGGUCACUGCCACAGCUGCCACCCUUCGAGUUCGCUAAGCGACUCUUUUGGGUCCAGUAUGCCUACAUCGGCACCAUCUUUUCCCUUAUCCAGCCCGUGGAGUUUGAGGAGCGAUUAGGUUUAGUCUACCGCCAACCCCCCGAUUUCUCGCAUCGCGAGUCCUGCUUGGUCUAUUGCCAGACCAUGUUGGUCAUUGCGUUUGGGCUGAUGUACUCGGUCAACCAAUGGUCGGGCGAUGACGGGCCCCCGGGGUUCAAAUAUUUCAAACAUGCGUUACGAUUCCUGCCCGAUAUUCAUGAAGAAGGGUCGAUCUUCUUCGUUGAGGUGAUCUGCUAUGUCGCGUACUACAUGCAGAAUCUCAACCGCCGAGAUGCCGCCUUCCUUUAUAUUGGACUGGCAUUGCGGAUGGCAAUCUCCCUCGGACUCCACCAAGAAGUAUCCCAUCCAGAUAUCAGUGAAGCAGACCGUAACCGCCGACGUCGAGUGUGGUGGUCGGUCUACAGCCUAGACCGGUUGCUUUCUGUUAAAUCGGGUAACCCAAUCACAAUCCAUGACGAAGAUAUCGGCACCACAUGGCCUGUAACAGUAAUCUACCGUAAAAAGCCUCGCUCCGGGUCCAAUUUGAUCGCUUCCGUUCAAAGUAUUACCAAUGACCUGUCUAGCUGGCUGCGACAGGUGCCGGAUGGUCUGCGCAUCGAUUUCUCUGCACUCGACAUGCACAUCAACCGGGAAGCAGUGUCAAUCAACUUGCACUUUUAUUCUUGUGUCAACAUGACUGCACGGCCACUGGUUUUCUAUAUCAUCCAGCGUCGACUGGAUGCAGGUAUGAUGGGGUCAUCUACCGAAGAUUGGAAAGAUGGGCUGGCCCCAAACACCGUCGCGGUCAUUGAUAGCUGCAUCACGGCUGCUCGGGCCACGACCUCGAUCAUAGAGGCGGCAGCGAAGCACAAUCUGGUUGCGACUUAUGGUUACCUCGACGGGGAGUACAUCUUCUCGGCGGCGCUGUUGUUGGUCAUGGUGAACGCGGCGUUCCCACACGACGACACCAAUGCGCGGGCGAUGGAAACCGCACUGAAUCUCCUUCGCAGCAUGGCAGAUCGCGGGAAUACGUAUCUUGGGUCGCGUCAUUCCUUGUUACUAGAACUCCGGGCUUCCAUUGGACCCAAAUCCGUGGUGACUGCGGCCGAAUCCACCAGUUCUCCUGUCGCAGCAGCCCCCGCGACGCCCAAAAGUGGGCAGCCGGCAAGUCUGGCGGGCGAACAACCGCCGUCCCCAGUCCCUCCCACCGACUGGCCGCUGCCAGGCCUCUCAUCAUUCAACGACAUCUCCUUCCAGUUUGAUCCCAAUGAUGACCCGGCACUCUGGGAAGGCGCGUUGGAUCAAAUCGACAUUGACAUGGACGCGGAGUGGAUUGAGAAUACGCUACGACGAUAA